AUGUCGCCAUGUAAUGAAGAGCAGCGUCAGAAAAGAUUCACGGGCGGCUUACAAACAUCUUUAGUGACUCGUACACAACAAUGGAUUGAGAGAAAGAUGUUCACUGGUAGCACAAAGCGAUCUUUCUGCCCUAUUGGCGACAAAAAUAAGUCGGAUGCUUCGAACUUGGCCGUUCAAGCCAAAACCAACGAAGCAGCUGCUCCACGAAUCUUUGAACGCUCUCCUGAAUUAGGGCUCUUUAGUAAGCAAUCCUUUCCUUUUGCUCCUCUACUGACACUAAGUCAAUUUAGGCGAGUUAGGAAAUGAUAUCACCAACGGGUCCCCUUCUCAGGCACAUUCUCAAAAAAACAAUUUUUCCAUCCUUGAUGCUUCGAUACCCAACAUGCUGGCAAAUACGAUUGAUUUGAAGUUAUUAAGUACAAAUGGAAACGGCUCCAUUGUUGGUGCUCAAGGUAAGCCAUCGAAUUUAGCUUUUCUUAUUCGAGGCUAACUUGAAAAGACAAAACGAGAGUUCCAACACUACUCCAACUUCCCACCGAACUUCUAUUGAUGAUUUUUGAUGCUCUACAAGAGAUUGACGGUGCCCAUAGAUCAAAAUAUGGGUCAUCUUCUACUGCUGCACCAGCUGCUUCAGCUUCGCUAAUGUUAGGACUUACGUGUAUUGAGCUCUAUGACAUUCACUGGAACCGCCAUGGACCAGUUAACCUUGCGAUACGUCCGUUCACUCUUAACGCCAGUCUCUGGGUACGAGUUAUUAGGAAUUUGGCCUUUCCGGCAGUUGGAAUUUAUUGUAUGUUCCACGGGUGGGAUAAGCCCAGCUGCUACAUUCGUUUUGUUAAUCGGGAGUCUUAUGACACGGGUGAAUAUAAGAAACCACUAGUCGAAUUUCUGGCUGAAAAGCAGAAGUAUCCAAGAAGUUAUUAUACCAUAAGUACAAUGGCAUCCGAUACAGCAUCGCUUGACCAUUUUAAUUAA